CUUCAGCCUCAAUCUUCUUCUUCUUCACACCAAAACGCAGCGUUUUCAUUCUGGUCAACUGGGUCCCCACAAUUGUCUAAGGACAUGGCUAAUAGUUUUGAAUUUGGUCCUUCUGAAGAAGAGGAGGAAGAACAAUAUGUUGAUGAUAAUGAUGAUGAAGAAGAAUAUGUUAAUGGUUAUGAAGAGGAAUAUCUUGAAGAAGGAGAAAAAAAUUAUAGUUCCUUUGUUUCAAAGAAUCAUUUGCCUCCAUGGGGAGAAGUAGAAGUAAAAGUAGUAGAAGAAGAAGAAGACAAAAAUGAUGAUGAUAUUGAUGAUGGAGGGAGAGAAGCUGAUGAAUCUUUUGUGCUCAAUAAUGAUGAUGAUGAUGAUGAAGAUGAAGAUGAAGAUGAGGAUGAAGAUGAUGUUAAAGGAAGAGAAGGAAUUGAUGCAUCUUUUGUAGGCAAGAAGGAUUUACCACCCUGGGGAGAAGUGGAAGGUUCUAGGCACUGGCAUUCUCGAAUUGUCGAUGUUACUCGGUCAGCUUCGAAAGAGAAGGGACUUGUGAAUGAGCGAAGAGCUCUUUAUUUGGAGGAAACGGAUGAGAAUGUUCUUUCUAAUAGGAUUUUGGUGCUUAGUAGAACUAACAAGAUUAGAAGUGCAAUGGAAUAUUUUAGGUCUAUGGAAUUAUCAGGCCUUUGUCCGAGUAUCCAUGCUUGUAAUUCUCUUAUGUCUAGCCUUAUGAGACAUGGGUGGCUUGACGAUUGCUUAAAGGUGUUCAGGUUCACGAGAACACGGAAGAUUACUACUGGGCAAACUUAUAGCUUGAUUCUUAUGGCACAGGUAAAAGCUCAAGGUUGUGACUCGGCUAUAAAUUUCUUUAGAGAACUAGAAAGUGAAUGCCAUGUGAGAAAGGAUUUUGACGCAAUUGUUUACAACACUAUGAUAUCAAUUUGCAGAAGGGUUGGCAAUUGGAGUGAGAUAGAGAGGGUGUGGAGUGAUAUGAAGGCAAAUGGAUGUGUAGGAACCGAAGUUACAUAUCAAUUAUUGGUCACUAGUUUUGCACGACACGGUCAGAGUGAGCUUGCCCUUUAUGCUUACCAUGAGAUGAUUCAGAAUGGAUUUGAACCAGAAAGCAACACAUUGAACGCCAUAGUUAGUGUAUAUGCGAAGGAGGGAAAAUGGGAUGCUGCAUCAAAUGUCUUUCAGAAAAUGUUAAAUAGUGAACUUAGGCCAAACAUUAUUGCAUGCAAUGCAUUGAUUAACUCGCUUGGAAGGGCUGGAGAACUCAAACAAGCAUAUCAGGUCUAUAAUACAAUGAAAUUGUUGGGCCAUAAACCAGAUGCAUAUACAUUCAGUGCACUACUUAGUUCUCUUAACAAGGCUAAUAGGCAUCAUGAAGCUCUGCAGCUUUUUGAGAUGGUUAAAAAAACGGAAGCAUCUCAGUUCAAUGUACGUUUAUACAAUACUGUUUUGAUGUCCUGCUCGAAGCUUCGGUUAUGGGAUAAAGCUCUAGAAAUUCUGUGGCAGAUGGAAGCUUCUGAAAUGUCUGAUUUGACAAUGUCAUAUAAUCUUGUUAUCAGGACCUGUGAGCUUGCAAGGAAGCCAACAAUUGCUCUGCAAGUGUAUCAGCAUAUGGUUGACCAGAAUUGCAUUCCGAACACAUUAACUUAUCUGUCCCUGGUUCGAUGUUGUGUUCGUGGAGAUCUCUGGGAAGAGUUAGAGGAAAUAUUAAAGCGGACUAUGCCAAAUGCCACUCUUUAUAAUGCUGCUGUGCAAGGGAUGUGUUUACGUGGCAAGGUUAAUUUGGCAAACAAGGUUUAUGCAAAAAUGCUAGAGAAAAAUCUUCAACCUGACAUCAGAACACAAGUACUGAUGCACUCUAUGUUAAGGAAGUAGCUAGUAGACUGUUAGUUGCUAUAGCUACAGUAUAGAGUUUAGAAACAAUGACAAAUGCGGUAGAGAACGGCACAACAUAAUGUUUCUGUUCUUAAAUCUCAAAUUCAGCUUGUUAUGCCAAAUCCACUCAUAUAUCCUCGAAGUCCUACACUCAAGCUCCUCUUGGUUUAACUGCAGCAAUGGCUCUUCUGGUAUUCAAAAUAGACUAUAAGCUUUUCAGCUGAGCAGAAGAAAUCCCUUGAAUACCAGAUCCAACUUGGAGGUUGGCAUUGGCCUGCUUCGUUCCGACAUGGUCAUAGAUGGCAGUUACUAAUUAGGUGACUACUACAUUGUGAAACCUGUGAUUCUUCAGAACCUAAUCCUAGGGGCAUUAGCCAUGGAACCACCACAGAUGACAGAUCCAACCUCGGAUAACUCAAGAACAUAUGUGCAUUACUCAAAUGGAUCUUCCAACACGAAACUUGUGACCUGAUCAUGUAUAAUUCUCCACUGUUAAUUAAUGGUAAAAUUAUGUAAAAAUAUUUAUGAGAUUGUGCAUCAAGUUUAACUUGAAAGUGUGUAGUAGUAUUUGGGGGUGUACAUGUAUUUGGAAAAGGUUUUGUGACUUAUGACUUCUGUAAUAUUUUUGGGUGUAACGACAUACAAUUUAAGAUGUUGACUCCUUAUAUUCUGAAGUUAUCAGAAAAUACAUC